AUGUCGCGUUUCGUGAUACUCUCUCUGGUUCUCGUCGUUCUCAUCAACUCGUUAACCAUCCCGACAAUUGCAGCCACUCCACCAGCCAGAUACCUAAACUACGAAACGUUCGUAAGAACGGCAUGCAACACGACAACAUACCCUACAAUGUGCUACGAUACACUGUCCUCUUACUCUUCCACCAUCAAAUCCGAUCCAAUCAAACUCUGCACAACUUCCCUCAACCUCAACGUCAAAGCAGCCAGAAAUGCCACGUCAGUCGUCUCUACCUUUCUCAAAAAGGCCAAAUCCACCUCUAGCCCCGAGGUCGCGAUCCUCAAGGACUGCGUGGAUGAGAUGAAGGACACUGUCGACGAGCUCAAGCAAGCGGUCGCUGAUUUGAAGAAACUCAAAGGCGGAGGAAGUUCAAAGGAUGAGCAUUUAAAGAACGUGAGGACAUGGGUGAGCUCGGCGUUGACCGACGAGGGGACGUGUACGGAUGGGUUCGAAGAGGGGAAAGUGAACGUGGAGACGAAGAAGAUGGUGAAGAAGGCUGUUACUAAGCUUUCAAGGACUACAAGCAAUACUUUGGCCCUAAUUACUAAUUAUCUACGUUAG